CGCAGCCUCAGAGUGUAUUCAAAUAAUUAAUCCAUUCGUUUCAACACCGUGUCAACCCAGACGGAACUUCAACUUAUCGAUAAAUCAAACUAUAGAUAAGUGACAGUCCUUGAGAAGAUACGCUAAAACAAAGUGUGAUUUAAAAGUUGUGCAAAUCGUUAGUUCGGUUUGUCGGUUAAACAGUACCCUAUCCGUAAUGGAGGUGGAUUUAUUCACGGUGACCGCCAUCGGGGUCAUAAUUAUGGUGCUUUUUCACUACGCGUCGAAGAAGUACCAAUACUUCCUGUCGAAGCCGAUACCCUGUGUGAAGCCGACAUUCUUUUUCGGCAGCACCGGUCCGAUCAUGUUCCGCCGACGCGAUGUGACCUCUCACAUCAGGAUGCUGUACAAUACGUUUCCGGAGUUCAAGGUGGUUGGUUUCUAUGACUUUAUGAAACCGAUCUUCAUGCUGCGGGAUCCGGAGGUGAUCAAGAAGAUUGGGGUAAAGGAUUUCGAUUAUUUUAUGGAUCACACACCGACCAUGACCGCUGGCAGCCUGGACGAUCAAGCCACCAACGACAGUCUGUUCGGAAAUUCGCUGUUUGCUCUGCGUGGUCAAAAGUGGCGCGACAUGAGAGCUACCCUGAGUCCGGCCUUUACCGGCAGCAAGAUGAGGCACAUGUUCGAUCUGGUGGCGCAAUGUGCCCAGUCUAUGAAUAGUUUCUUCCUUGCGGAAGCGAAAGCUGGGAAGCGGUUGGAGUAUGAAAUGAAGGAUACUUUCUCGCGGUUCGGUAAUGACGUUAUUGCUACGGUUGCGUUCGGUAUUCAGGUGGAUUCGCUAAAGGAUCGAGACAAUGAAUUUUACUUGAAAGGCAAACAGAUGAUCAACUUUCAAACGAUUAUGGUCUUAGUCAAGUUCUUACUGCUGAGAAGUAUGCCACGGUUGAUGCAAAAAUUAAAAAUUGACUUUUUGGAUUCCAAUCUUACGGAAUAUUUCAAAACAAUGAUCACUGACAAUAUGAAGCAGAGGGAGGUCCAUGGAAUUGUGCGUAAUGACAUGAUACACAUGCUGAUGGAAGUUCGGAAAGGUGCCUUAAAACAUUCGAAAGACGAGCAAGACCAGAAAGAUGCGGGAUUCGCCACGGUUGAAGAAUCUAGUGUUGGAAAAUUGGCCCAUUCCAGGGUGUGGACAGAGAACGAAUUGAUUGCACAGUGCUUUCUGUUUUUCCUAGCCGGAUUCGACACUGUCUCCACAUGUAUGGCUUUCUUGACCUACGAACUAACAAUCAAUCCGGACAUUCAAAAUCGUCUGUACGAAGAAAUCAAAGAAACGGAACAAUCUCUCAAUGGCAAGCCCCUAUGCUAUGAAGUGCUGCAGAAAAUGACGUACAUGGAUAUGGUAGUAUCGGAAGCCCUUCGAAUGUGGCCUCCAGCGGUAGUUUCCGACCGAUUUUGCGUCAAGGAUUACGUUUACGAUGACGGAGCUGGAACGCGUUUCAAAAUCGAAAAAAAUCAAACAAUUUGGAUUCCGACCAUCGCCAUCCACAGUGAUCCGAAGUACUAUCCGAACCCGGCUAAAUUUGAUCCGGAGCGUUUCAACGAGGAAAACCGAUCGAAAAUAAAUGCCGGAGCGUAUCUUCCGUUCGGCGUUGGUCCACGGAACUGCAUCGGAUCCCGUUUGGCGCUGAUGGAGGUUAAACUGAUUCUGUACUUUCUGCUGAAAGACUUCAGCCUGGAACCGACCGAAAAGACGCAAAUUCCGCUGCAGAUGUCGAAGAAUUUGUUUGCUCUCCAGGCGGACAAGGGUGUGUGGCUGGAGAUCAAACCGAGAAACGUGUGAAGCACUGAGAAUACUUUACUGUAAUGAGAGUAUUGUAAUAAUGGAUGAAUAUAUUAUUCAACGGUUUCAAAUAACACUGAAUCACCGUUGAUUAAUCGAUGGUAA